AUGACUUCAAAUGUAGACGGGAAUUUGAAAAUCAUAGUUCGGUUCGCUUCUGCAAUUCCUGAUCUUACAUUGGAAAUUUCAAAUGCAGGAGAGACAACGAUCCGGGAACUUUUCAAGACCAUUCGUAGUCGCAUACCAGACUGUAGGGAUAAACACUUAAAACUGAUAUUUCAAGGCCGUCUUUUGUCUCCGUUAUUCACUAUAGAAAGAGCUGUAAGGGGAAACUGGCAUUAUGAUCCUCAUAAAGAAGAUGACGAAUCUCGAAAAGCAUUUAUUCAUUGCAUUGUUGGACCUCAACUAUCACCAAAUGAAUUGGCUCCAGAAGACAUAGAAUUAAGUCAACUUCAGCGCUCCGGUGCUUCAGAGGCGGAGGCGGAGGCGUCACAUCCUACAGAGAUGCUGAGAGGUUUUGACCGGCUCCGCGAAGCUGGUUUCACAGAAUCCGAGAUUUCUAGUUUGAGAUCCCAGUUUCAUCAAGCUCGUGGUACGAAUUUAGAGUCUCUUUCAGAGGACGCUGUACGCGAAGCUGAGGAUGAUUGGAUCGACAAUGGGGCACAAACUUCAUCAGCUGAUGAAUUUGAUAUGUCUUACGAAACGCUUUUGGCCGGCGUAAUGAUUGGAUUCUUUGGUGGUGCUAUUGCAUGCUAUUUUCUCUGGCAAAGAACUAUGUUUUCCCUGCGAAUGCAGCUCUCAAUCUUGGUAGGUAUUAUUUGCAAUUUUGUUUAUGGCGUUUUACAUUCCUAUCGAUGGUAA